AUGACUUCUCCUACAGAAGAAGGCAGUGAUCCAGCUGACAACGCGCUCAAUAAUUCUGAAGAAGUGGCUCCAAAUGACUGUAAUGCAGACAUAGAGCCUUCAUUUGCUGAUCUCAACAGGGCCUGUCAAAUGGAAACCGACCAAACUGACAGAGAGCCAAAUACACCAACCUCCCAGGAGGAUGAUGGUUCACGAGCAGCAGAAAAUAGUGAGCUUGAAGUACAAAAGACCCAGAAAGAACCUCAAAAAGAAAAUUCAGAGGAUUUGUCCCUUCUAAUUCAGAUCCCCAUUCCUAGAAAAUGGGUCUUUCACAAACCCUUAACUGAUAGAUCAAGUUUCUACUCAGGCAAAGUGGAGAUGAAAACAAGUAGUUCGUGUCAUGCCAGCAUAAAUCACAAAAGUCCUCUCCAACUUUCAGUUUCAUGGAGAAUUCCAUUCAUUAACAAUCAUGAUUUAAGAAGAAUGAUUCUCCGUCUGCUGUGUGGGAGAUACAUCCCUCAGGCUGGAAGUCGUCCAAAUGGUGUGCGGAUGAAGCAGGAAUAUGUAGCAUUUCUUCCUCGCCCAAAUGCCCUCUCCAGUGGUGAGAGAGCCAUAAUAUUUGGAAGGCCUUUGAGAGUGUAUUACCACCGUCCCCUCAUUGAGAGAAUUGCAUCAGGGAAAUUUUACAAAUCUGGUGAUACUAAAGGGAAGAAUGGAUUCCACAUUUUUGUAAGACCAGUAUUUUGUGUCCCACGAGCCCAAUUACAAAGCACAUUUAAUAGGAAAAUUUUUGAGGAUCAUUUGAGAUAUAAUCAUAAUAUGCCAAUUGUGAUCAUAGGCACCAGUAAUGACUGGAAAUACCUGUGUCCUAUCUGUGGGAAUACUUUCAGCACUUUGGUUGAAUUUAGACAGCAUUCCUGCAGUUUUCCAAGAAAUUAG